AUGGCUUCCAUCCGCGCCAACUGCCGCAAGAUUAUGUGUAUCGGCCGUAACUAUGCCGAUCACAUUACCGAGCUCAACAACGCAGCCCCAAAGCAGCCGUUCUUUUUCCUCAAGCCCCCUUCAUCCAUCCUCCUCCCUGGCUCGGGUCCUGUCCUCCGCCCCAAGGGUGUCAGUCUGCACUAUGAAGUCGAACUCGGUCUGCUGAUCGGCAAGACCGUGCGCGAUCUCGAUCCCAACGAUGAGAAGGCGGCAUUGGACGCGAUUCAGACGGUGGGCCCACGGACAUGGGCUCGAAACAGGAAGUCGCUAAUCAAACCUCUGGCGGAAAUAGGCUAUAUCCUCGCCAUUGAUAUGACAGCUCGCAAUGUGCAAGAUGAGGCAAAGAAGAAGGGCCUUCCCUGGUCCAUCGCCAAGGGCUUCGACACCUUCCUCCCCAUAUCGCAGGAAAUCGCCAAGUCGCGCAUCCCUAACCCGCACGACGCAUUCCUGCGCCUUAGCGUUGGCAAUAACGAGCGUCAGGCUGACUCGACCAGUCUUAUGCUGUAUCGCAUUCCGCAGCAGCUGGCGCAGAUCUCGCGCGUGAUGACGCUUGAGAAGGGUGAUAUCGUCCUGACCGGUACGCCCAAGGGUGUUGGGCAGGUCAAAGCAGGCGAUGUUAUGAGAGCGUCGAUUGAGGUUGAUGGAAAGGAGAUUGAGGAGGGACGGAUUGAGGUUGAGGUGCAGGAUCGGGAGGGUCGGUAUGAGUUCAAGGAGACUUAA